GAAGGUGGGGAAGCAAAUCAACAUUUGAAUCACAAAGCAGAGCUCUUCCUACGUGAAGGUAAGACAAUACAGAUGGAAUUGAGCAGACGAGGGAAGGAAAGAAGGAAUAGAUGGGAGGUGAGUCCCAGCAAGCAGAUAUUUAAUGGGCUAAUAGGAGCGCGCCAUUCAGUUUCAACUGCUGCCCUUGAUAGAAAAGGUAAAUGUUGUCCAUGAUCAAAAGAUACAGAACUAAAGCAGAGCCAAACCGGACUAUGUGUUCGCAAGUCAAGAGGUGCACAAGGUCCUUGAAAUCAAUCAAUGGCGUCCAUGGGUACCUGCUUCACUCUUCCACCAAACCCUUGUCAUCAUCUCCUUUUCAAAGCUUCACUCUUACCUAAUCGUUCCCAAACCCUCCCCAUUAUCCAAGCCCCCCUUUUCCCGUCCCUUGCCUCCAAGUUUCAACAAUCUACGGUUUCUGCGCCGGUUGUGAGAGCCAGCAUUGCCGCUGCCGCCACCGGGGUCAGGCCCAGCGGGGCCGUCGAGAGCGAUAAGUUACCUUCCGAUGUGAGAAAGAGAGCAAUGGAAGUUGUGGACGCUUGUGGAAGAAGAGUGACUGUUGAUGACGUGGCCGGCAGAGCAGGGCUUAAGCUCCAGGAGGCUCAGAACGCUUUGCAAGCUCUCGCUUCUGACACUCAGGGCUUCUUGGAGGUAUCCGAUGAAGGUGAUGUACUCUAUGUUUUCCCCAGAGAUUAUAGAGCAAAACUUGUAGGGAAAUCGUUCAUAAUGAGAGUUGAGCCGCUGCUUGAGAAGGCAAAGGUAGUAAUGUUUAUGGGAUUUGAAAAUUUCUUCAUUGUGGUUUUAGGUUAUGUAAGAAAUUGGCACUCAUAUGAUGGUUUUAGGUUUCAUUUGGAACUGCUGAACAGUGAAGAUAGUGAUGACGGCAAGAGCUCUUCAACUUCUUUUGACACUAGUUUCAGUUUUUCUUCGUGUCAGGAUGAAGUGUUUUGGUACUGGGAUCCCAAUUACUAUAGGAAGCGACGAGGAAAACCACAAACAGAUGAUGGGGAGUUGAAAUUUGGUGAAUCUUUUUUCUCGUUUGUAUUUGGCGAUGGUGAUCCAAAUCAAGGAAUUGAAGAAAAGAGAUGGAAGAUGAUUGGGCACUACAUAUCCUCUAAUGGUGGUGUUGUUGCAGCUGAAGAGCUUGCUCCAUAUCUUGAUAUAGAAACUUCAGUGGAAACUCCGACUGAUGAAGCAUACAUCUUACCUGUUCUUUCACGGUAUGAGGGUCAGCCUUUGAUAGAUGAAGAGUUUUCUCUUUGCAGUAAAACUAGCAAUGCAGAGAGAGCAAUGGUCGUGGGACUUGGUGGACUUAAUUUAUUUGGGGUUAUCAUUCUGAGAAGCUUGUUAAAGGAUCCUACAGUUGCCCAAGUUGGUUUUAUCAAGUUUAUUAUAAGCAUAUUUCCUCUACUUCAGAUUUAUGCUGUUUCCUUCUUUGUAAUUCCUCUGUUCCGGUGGUGUGUCUUGCUCAAGAAAAAUGCUGACAUAGAAAAAAGAAACCAAGCCAGACGGCAGUUUGCUCGAGACAUUGAAUUGCCUGAUCUCUCACUAAGACAAAAGCUACUCAGUGCUCGGAACAUGGCCCAAAGAACUGUCAUAGGGCAGGACAGAAUUGUUUAUAGCUCUCGCAAGGAUUUGGUUGAGCAAGAGUUGGAUAGAACAGAUAGACAAGUCAGAUGAAAAAAAGGCUACCCUUACUUGUUUUGUUUCAGUGACUGAAGCUACUAAAGAUAUUAGUGUUUCACAACUCUGCCAGCAGCGAAACCUUUACACUUGAAGUCUUAUUACGCAAUCUGUUGAUGCACCCUUUGGGGUACCUGCAUUUUUUCAAAAGUGUACUUCUUUUGUGGGGUGCAGCUGGGAAAUGAUACCUUGUAAUAUAGCUUUCAGGUGGACAAGCUAACUAUUUACAGAGACUUUUAAGCAUCACAAGCUCAUGUAUGUAUAUGUUUUGUGGUG